GCGCUCGCUUCAGGCUCCCGCCGUCUCGGAUCGUUCGCUUCGUUCACGCUGUACACAGCUCAGUGCUUUCACCGGACGCGUCGUCCAGCGCACGGUGGCCGGCCGGAUAGUUGACGGACGGAGCGAGCAGGAAGCGUCCCGACGACGCCGCGGCUGACCCAGCCGGGUCACCGCCAGGCGGAACUUGAACUUGCCGCCUCCUCGCUCACCCAUCACUCCCUCGCUGCCUUUGCAGAGGUGCGCUCUCCGGCAAAGCCAGCCAGCUUCAGCCAGCCGACACUCGGCCAGCAUGGCCCGCCUCUACCGGUGCAUCUUCCUGGGCCCCGUCCCGCUCCUGAUCCUCCUGACCGUUCUGGCGGCAGAACCGGCGGAUGCCGCCUCCCGUUUCGAGCUCCGGCUUCGGCGCUUCGUCACCGAUGGCACCGACGCCCGCGGCGAGUGUUGCGGAGGCCUGUGCCCCGGUGCGUGUCGCGUGUUCAUGCGCAGCUGCCUGGCCCGGCCGCGGGACUCCACGUGCUCCAUGGGCCUGCUGGUGUCGCCCGUCGUGGCCAACAACAGCAUGCCGCCGGGCUUCGUGCUCGCGCAGAACUUCACCUCCCGCAUGCCGUGGCCGGGUCGCUUCAGGCUCACCAUCGAAGCAUGGCACACCCAGAACGGAACUGUUCCCCCGGAAGGCGCCUUUCGGCGGGACCACCGGACGCGGCGUCCCCUGGUGGACCGGUUCCGAAGCCUUGGCGCCUCCGAGUGGUUCCUGCAGCUGGCCAGCCGCGUCCUGGACAUCCCGGAGCGCUGGAUCCAGCGACGCACCGACGACCAACACAACCCGGAGCUGGGCUCGCUGGUGCGGCGCUUCGCGCUGCACGAGUUCCUAGCCGUGGGCGUUGCCUGGCAGCACCGGAGCUUCCCGGGGCUUGAGGUCGACUACCGGGUCACGUGCGUCGAAGGUUACGCGGGCGCAAACUGCAGCGAGCGCUGCCCUGGGCCCAACGAGAAAGUUACCCGGUUCCGCUGCCUCGAAGGUGGCGCCAAGCAGUGCAUGGACGGUUGGGCGGGUACCGAGUGCGAGCGGCCCGUGUGCGCCGAGGGCUGCGACGCCGAGCACGGGUUCUGCGAGAAGCCCGGCGAGUGCCUGUGCCGCAUGGGUUGGGAGGGAAGCCGCUGCGACCGCUGCACGCCCAUGCCGGGAUGCGUGCACGGCGCGUGCAACGCGAGCUUCGAGUGCAACUGCCUGCCCGGCUGGGACGGCUUCUUCUGCAACCGUCCCAUGUGUGGUCAAGGAUGCCAUGCAACCCGGGGGUACUGCGAGAAGCCAGGACAGUGCAGCUGCCGGUUCGGUUGGCAGGGCCCCAAGUGCGACGAGUGCAAACCCCUGCCGGGAUGCCUGCACGGACAUUGCACCAAGCCGCUCGAGUGCAUCUGCGACCCGGGCUGGACUGGCAUCUUCUGUCACAUCCCGGUCUGCUCACCCAAGUGCCAUCACGAGCACGGUUACUGCGCGCGGCCGAACGAGUGCCGAUGCCGCGUCGGUUGGAUGGGCGAGAACUGCAGCCAGUGCUGUCCGUACCCGGGUUGCCGCCACGGCUCGUGCAACAAGCCCUGGGAAUGCACCUGCGAGCCAGGCUGGGGCGGAAUGCUGUGCGACAAGCCUCUUCCGCCCGCUUGCGAGGCCACCGACCCGCCACCGUGCGCCGAGGGUACCACGUGUAUCGACAUGCCCGACGGAGGCUUCAAGUGCGCCUGUCCAGAGGGCGCGCAGGCGUCUAACUGCACUGCCGCCACCUCGGAACGAAGGCGCACGAUGCUACGGUAGCGCCACCACAAGGCGGCGCUGUUGUGCAGCGUGUGUGCCGUAUUAUUUAUUGUUUGGGGGGGAAGAGAUUGUAAAUAUAGCGGCGUCGAUGUCUAACCGCGGCUCAUUUGCGCUACUGACCUGCCCGAUCAGCCAAUCUUAGACGCGAAAAUUUGCGGUCCAUCGAUAUUUCAUAAGUCGUCUUACGACUGAUGAAAUGUUCAUCCGAGUCCAUCUGCGAAGUUGUCCUUCGGCUGUCCGACGAACUUAUCAGUUAUACAAUCAAUCUAUCUACCUGUCAUCAGCCAAUCAACCGUUCAGUUGCGUUUGUGUCAUUUAUACUGCGCAAAUCUCGGGCAAUAUACGUGACGGAAAAAAAACUGCGUUUUUGCCGCUUUAUGUGCUCCAGCCACCCGUACAGCAGUCGCCCAACGUGAUCAGUUAGUUCACUGUACCAUCAUUUGAUAAACCAGUCUGCCAUCUUACCCCAUCAAACGUCGAUUUCUCGACUAUUUAAUCAUUUAGUGAGCGUACCGAUAAUUUAAUUGGAAGAUGAACGUGUGAACAUCGCAAAGCCAGUAAAGAUAACAUAUUCAUUAGGUUGUUAAUCGAACUACUGGUCACUGCUCGAUCUAUCGAUCAGUUCUCACCCACAUUAUUUAAAUUCAUAAAUAAGUUAACCCGGCACUCAUUCUACUAAAACUACCAUUUGAUCAAAGGACCUAGAUAUUUAUCUACAUGUUACGUCUCUCAAAAGAACGGUCUAAUCAGACAACAGUGCAUACAGCGCUUUUUAAUACAGAACAUUGACUACUGACUCUUUUUAGGACACCUAAGUUCGGCCUUAUUGGUUUUGGGGGAACCUUAAAAAUAUUUCGGUAAUAAGGCUUUAUAGUCGAAAUGAAUAAUUUUGUACCACCCACUAUAGCAU